CGGGCUGGCUCCGCGGUAGCUGCGGCCGGGUGGGCUGGCACGCUGAGGGCAGGCGCACCGGCAUCAGGUGGGCGGGGUGCGGGCCGUCGGCGGGCGGGGGCUGCCGGGCUGCGCUCGGGCCGGGCGCGGCCAGCCGUCGGGCGCGCCAUGGACUUCAACAUGAAGAAGCUGGCGUCCGACGCGGGCAUCUUCUUCACUCGGGCGGUGCAGUUCACAGAGGAGAAAUUCGGCCAGGCCGAGAAGACCGAGCUUGAUGCCCACUUUGAAAACCUGCUGGCCCGGGCGGACAGCACCAAGAACUGGACAGAGAAAAUCCUGCGGCAGACAGAGGUGCUGCUGCAGCCCAACCCCAGUGCCCGAGUGGAGGAGUUCCUGUAUGAGAAGCUGGACAGGAAGGUGCCCUCCAGAGUCACCGGUGGGGAGCUGCUGGCUCAGUACAUGGCAGAGGCAGCCAGUGAGCUGGGCCCCACCACCCCCUACGGGAAAACACUGAUCAAGGUGGCAGAAGCAGAAAAGCGCCUAGGAGCUGCAGAGAGGGAUUUUAUCCACACAGCCUCCAUCAACUUCCUCACGCCCCUGCGCAACUUCCUGGAAGGGGACUGGAAGACAAUUUCGAAAGAGAGGCGGCUCCUUCAAAACCGGCGCCUGGACUUGGAUGCCUGCAAAGCACGGCUGAAGAAGGCCAAGGCUGCAGAAGCUAAAGCCACGUGUGAGGGAGAUACGGUGCCUGACUUUCAGGAGACUAGACCUCGUAAUUACAUUCUCUCGGCCAGCGCCUCCGCGACUCUGGAUGACACUUCCUGCCCCCCUUCCUGGGCCUCGUGGAAGGAGGAUUAUCCCGGAGGGUGGAGCCUGCCCUGUAUUUUUCUUUUGCCACUGAACCCCAGUGUGACUCAGGCCCGAGGCUGCCUUUCUCUGCCGAAGGACAGAAAGCUCUGGAAUGAUGAGGUGGACAAGGCUGAGCAGGAGCUCCGAGUGGCUCAGACAGAGUUUGACCGGCAGGCAGAAGUGACCCGUCUCCUACUGGAGGGCAUCAGUAGCACUCACGUGAACCACCUCCGCUGCCUCCACGAGUUCGUGGAGUCUCAGACAACUUACUAUGCGCAGUGCUACCGCCACAUGCUGGACUUGCAGAAACAGUUGGGCAGCUCCCAGGGAGCCAUAUUUCCAGGCACCUUUGUGGGCACCACGGAGCCCGCCUCCCCACCCCUCAGCAGCACGUCACCCACCACCACCGCAGCCACAAUGCCUAUGGGACCCUCUGUGGCUGGCCUGGCCCCUCCAGCAGAGGCGGCUCUCUGCCUGGAAGAGGUGGCCCCACCUUCCAGCGGAACCCGGAAGGCCCGGGUUCUCUACGACUACGAGGCGGCCGAUAGCAGUGAGCUGGCCCUGCUGGCUGAUGAGCUCAUCACUGUCUACAGCCUGCCUGGCAUGGACCCCGACUGGCUCAUUGGCGAGAGAGGCAACAGGAAGGGCAAGGUCCCUGUCACCUACUUGGAGCUGCUCAGCUAAGCAGACGCCCCCCCAAGCUCUUGCCCAUUCUGUCCCAGGCAUGAGAAGAUGGGCACAGUGCUGCCAUUUGCUGGCGACCCAGCUGCUCAGGGUGGGGAGACACCCCAUUGUCCUUGCCCAAGUCGUCCAGCUGUGCUGGGACCCUACUGGCUGAAUAGUCCCAGCCCCUCCCCAAGCCCAGCCCUGCUUCUGACCUGGUUCCUGAGCAUCCAACCCUGCCACCUGUGCCCCGAGCACCCCGGUGCUCCCAGCCCCUGCUAAGGCCCAAGUCGGGGUCCGCGCAGAUGGUCCAAGGGAACCCUGUGGUCCACACUUGUCGAGGGAGCGCUUGCCUUCUAGUUGCCAAAAGCAGCCGAGGGGGAAGGCAGCAGGUGUGCGGCAGGCCCCAGAGACUGGCUGCUGUGCCCUCUGUACGACCUGGAGCGGAGGGGAGCCUGGCCAGAGGCACGGCUGGGCCCCAGAGCAGCAUCUCCCAGGUGCUACCCUCCCCUCCCACAAGCCAGGUAUGGCGGCUGCUGCCUGCCCCUCUCCACAUGCACUUUUUAAUGGGUCUUUUUACUCUGCCUGUCUGCUUGCUGUCUAGCCAGUGAUAAAUAAUAAACCAUCCUCCGUGUG